AUGGCAGCUGUGGCAGAGAUGGAGGAGACCAUGAACCUUCUUCAUCAACCUUCUUCAUAUGAUUCAGAAGAGGAGGAGGAGGAGGAAGAAACCCUUUCGCUCCGCGAUAUCCCCUUGACCACAGCCAGCACCAGCAGCAGCAGAAGUAUUGCCUGGAAUGAUGAACAAGGCGAUCGUGAUCGUGAUCAUCAUGACUAUGAUCAGGAUGUGUUUGAGUUCUUCAGUGGAGACUUCAAUCCUUCUUCCUCUACUACUUCACAUGAUGAAGCAAAAGAGGAGAAGGAAAGCAUCAUCUUCUGUGGGAAGAUCAUCCCACACAGGAAACCACAUCAGGGGAACAACAACAACAACAACAACAACAACAACAACAGCAGCAACAACACAGAGGAAACGAGCUUCAAAGAAGGGGUUUUUGACAGUAAGAAUAGCUUCAAUAGGAGGAGAUCAUCGUCCCACAAUGAACCAAGACCAGCAGAAUAUUAUUCCAAUCGCCAGCAAGUGAAAAGGUUAUGGUCAUUACCACUGUCAUUCUCACCCCGUCCAUCACCACCACUACCAUCAGCAGCAGCAGCCAGAGUGCCUUCGACGAUGAAAUCGAGGUGGUAUGUGCUUGCUUUUGGAGCAGGGAAGGUCCCCGUGAAGAUGGAGCUCAAUGACAUGAAGUUCAGGCAGAGCAAGAAGAUGAGCAGCAGUACCAAGUCCGACGAUGAUGGAAGGAAUAAUCAAGAAGUGGCGAAGAAGGUCGUCGACAGGAGUAGGAACAAGAAGGGUUCGUGGCCAGGGUUGCUUGGGGUUUUGGGUUGCAGUGGGGAACAAGGCAGUAGUAUGGUUAAAGCCUCAUUCGUCUGCGUGCCAUUACCAUCUGUGUGA